UGACGCAGCACGCUGCGGUAUAAAUACGUGCGGCCGGCAGCCUCGCUCUCUCUCAUCGCGCGGCAAGCCUUCAAGAUGGCGCCGAAGAAAGACAAGAAGCCUAAGAAGUCAACCUGGAAGUUUAAUUUGGAUCUUACUCAUCCAGUAGAAGAUGGAAUUUUUGAUUCUGGAAAUUUUGAACAAUUUCUGCGGGAAAAGGUUAAAGUGAAUGGAAAAACUGGAAAUCUUGGGAAUGUCGUUCACAUUGAACGCUUCAAGAAUAAAAUCAUAGUCGUUUCUGAGAAACAGUUCUCUAAAAGGUAUUUGAAGUACCUUACAAAGAAAUACCUUAAAAAGAACAAUCUUCGUGAUUGGCUUCGUGUGGUUGCAUCUGACAAGGAGACUUACGAGCUUCGUUACUUCCAGAUUAGUCAAGAUGAAGAUGAAUCUGAGUCUGAGGACUAGAUCUUGCCAUCCUUCAUAGGGCUUUGCUUGUUAAUAAAACUAAUUAAGCAUACAAAAGAAACAUCUUGAAAUGGACCUUCAGGCUAUCAGUGAAUAAAAAACAUUACUCUGUAUGUUAAA